UCUCUCUACUAAUGAGCCGCGGGUUGAUACAUUACUACCGGAACUGCUGUGGCCGAGAACCCUGCUUAUUUUAGCUGGACGUUAUAAGUUUGGGAGAGGUGAUACGACCUAGCCACCAUCAACAUGUCCCUGGAGCGAGCGGUUAGGGCAAAGAUCCUGAACAAGCGGGAUCCGCAGCAGGAGAAGGAGGCUCUGGCCUGGAUAGAGGAGGUCCUCGGUCGUAAGUUCCCCGCCAAGGAGCGAUAUGAGGACAUCAUCCGUGACGGUCGGAUCUUGUGUGAGGUGAUGAACAAACUCAUGCCAGGAGCCAUCCCAAAGGUCCACACUUCGGGCGGCCAGUUCAAGAUGAUGGAGAAUAUCAACAAUUUUCAGAAGGCGAUGCAGGUGUACGGAGUGCCUGACGUGGACAUGUUCCAGACCGUAGACUUGUUCGAGAAGAAGGACAUAGGUCAAGUGACCACCACACUGUUCGCUCUUGGCAGGACGACGUACAAACACCCGGAGUGGAAGGGGCCGUGGUUGGGACCCAAGCCGGCCGAGGAGUGCAAGAGGAACUUCACGGAGCAGCAGCUGAAGGGUGGGGACAGUGUGAUAGGGCUGCAGGCCGGGUACAACAAGGGGGCGACCCAGGCGGGGCAGAACUUCGGGGCCGGCAGGAAGAUCCUGCUCGGGAAAUAAAAUACAAACAUCGGUUACUCGUGAAGACAAUGAUAAUAUUACGUCUAUAACAAAUAAGGUGUACAUAAAGUGUAUUAAUGUUUUCUUACAAUAACAGUAUUAAACUUAAAGUUUGUUUUGUU